AUGGCGGCGGCGGCGGAGGAGCUGGCGGGGCGGCGGGGCCGGGGGCCGGAGCCGGGGCCGGGACCGGGCAGCCCGGCGGGGCGGGCGGGGGGCGGUGAGGGUUCGCCCGGGGGCGGCCGCCGCGUUUUCAGCCCCGCCGGGGAGUUCCGCGAGUUCUCCCGGCGGCAGCUCCGCGACAUGGAGCGGCUCUUCCGACAGUACGACGCGGGGAAAGACGGCUUCAUUGACCUGAUGGAGCUGAAGCUGAUGAUGGAGAAGCUGGGGGCCCCACAGACACACCUGGGCCUGAAGAACAUGAUCAAGGAAGUGGACGAAGACCUGGACAGCAAGCUCAGCUUUCGGGAGUUCCUGCUGAUUUUCCGCAAGGCGGCGGCGGGCGAGCUGCAGGAGGACAGCGGGCUGCACGCUCUGGCCCGCCUCUCCGAGAUCGACGUCUCCACGGAGGGGGUGAAAGGUGCCAAGAGCUUCUUCGAGGCCAAGGUGCAAGCCAUCCAUGAUGCUAGCCGCUUCGAGGAGGAGAUCAAGGCGGAGCAGGAGGAGAAGAAGAAGCAGGCGGAGGAGCUGAAGCAGAGGAAGGCGGCGUUCAAGGAGCUGCAGUCCACCUUCAAGCAGUGA